CACCAUAAUAUGACGUCACUAGCUGAACUAGCGCAACCGAAUUGUUGGGAGUCGACUUGUCAGAUGUCUUUAAUAUUUUUAUAACCUAAACCCAAAAUGUCUACAGAUAGAAUGGUACACUGGAAAGACAUUUUGAAAAGGAGACUGGCAACUGCCAAGAAGGAUGAGAGGACUGAAGAGGAGAAGAAGACAGAGGAAACUGCUUUAUUCACGAAGUACUACACGGAAUGGAGGGGAGGAGGCAGCAAGGAGAGUUCCUACAGAAAUAUCCCGCGAUUCUACUACAGGCUUCCGGCGGAAGACGAGGUGUUGCUGCAGAAGUUGAGGGAGGAGAGCAGAGCUGUGUUUCUGCAGAGGAAGAGCAGGGAGCUCCUCGACAACGAGGAGUUACAGAAUCUGUGGUUCCUGCUGGACAAGCAUCAGGUCCCACCACUGUCUGGAGAGGAGGCCAUGAUCAGUUAUGACUGUUACCUGAAGGUUGGGGAGAUUGCUGGGGAGAAGUGCAAGCAGUUCUUCACAGCCAGAGUGUAUGCCAAGCUGCUCUACAACGACCCGUACGGACGCAUCUCCAUCAUGCAGUUCUUUAACUACGUCAUGAGGAAGGUGUGGCUGCACCAGACGAGGAUAGGGCUGAGUCUGUACGACGUGGCUGGACAGGGCUACCUGCGAGAGUCUGACCUGGAGAACUACAUUUUGGAGCUGAUUCCCACACUGCCCCAGCUAGACGGCCUGGAGAAGUCUUUCUACUCCUUCUAUGUGUGCACCGCCGUACGCAAGUUCUUCUUCUUCCUCGACCCACUGAGGACCGGAAAGAUUAAGAUCCAGGACAUUUUAGCCUGCAGUUUUCUGGAUGACCUUCUGGAGUUAAGAGAUGAGGAGCUGUCAAAGGAGAGUCAGGAAUCUAACUGGUUCUCAGCCCCCUCUGCCCUGAGGGUUUAUGGCCAGUACUUAAACCUGGACAAGGAUCAUAACGGCAUGCUGAGUAAGGAAGAGCUGUCUCGCUAUGGUACAGGCACGCUGACCAGUGUCUUCCUAGAUCGGGUAUACCAGGAGUGCCUCACAUACGAUGGAGAAAUGGACUAUAAAACGUACCUGGACUUUGUGCUGGCUCUGGAGAACAGGAAGGAGCCGGCUGCACUGCAGUACAUCUUCAAGCUGCUGGAUAUGGAGAACAAAGGCUACCUCAAUGUUUUUGCUCUCAACUACUUCUUCAGAGCCAUCCAGGAGCAGAUGAAGAUACAUGCUCAGGAACCUGUGACAUUCCAGGACGUCAAGGAUGAGAUCUUUGACAUGGUGAAACCCAGGGAUCCGUACAAGAUCACCCUGCAGGACCUGGUGAGCAGCAGCCAGGGAGACACCGUCACUAGCAUCCUCAUAGACCUCAACGGCUUCUGGACCUACGAGAACAGGGAGGUGCUGGUCGUCAAUGACAGCGACAGCAACAACUCUGACAUGGACGAGACCUGAUAUUAAUACCGCCGGAGUGCAAGGGUCUGAUCUGAACCAGGAAGAGGACGUGUUACGGGAGACGAUUCCCCACACCCCGCAGAGGGAAUAUAGAGACUUCACAACAGUCUGAUUAAAUGUCUUUAUGUACAGUAUAUAUAUAUACACACAUCUCACAUAUUUUAUACCAAUGUUGUAAUAAAAAUAAUUUCUACCAAUAGAAAAGGUAUUUUGUAAUCCCUGUGAUACAUUUCUAUAUUUUUUGCAUUGAUCUGACAUGCCUAAGUAGAUAGGAGUCAUACAGAGCAUAUCAAUAACAGUACUUUUACAAGCCCAGACAACAGGACUACAGUGCCUUGGUUCAUCUAUCCAUUAACAACAUCAAUUCACAAGUAAAGUACAGGGGUUCUAGGUUAUCCCUAGCUCUGCUAUCUCUGCUGCACGACUCACAUUUCCAUCAGGACAUUUGGGGUUUGAGGAAAAGAUUCUCCUUUAUAAUUCAGUAACAUCACAUAGGACCAUCUUUUUGAAAUGCCACCAAUAUCUCAAGUAUAUGCAGAGGAUUUUCACAAGGCCACAUACAGUAUUCCAUAUCUGACAAC